AAACGUCCGACGUCGAGAGGGGAAUGAAGAAAAAAAAAUCAAAAGAAGAUCGGGAAGCUGGCGAGCCGUCUACCUCCACCGUCGUCGGUGUAAUCGAGACCGGGACGACGAGCGGAUCCUUCGACGUUGUUGGAGGAUUUUAAAAAACGGAACGCCUCCCGUCGUUUUAAUAUACAUUAUAAAAUUAUCCUCUCCAGCUACGACCGCGUGUACACGUGCGCCACAUUAUUCUGUAGCAGCUGAGAAUCUUACCGCAUAUAUAACUUUCGUCGUCCACCGUCAAACCGACUCCGAUCCGCGAGCCACCCCCGCAAUAAGGUCAUUCCGCUUCGGUUCGUACCGAUUGCUUCUCCGUUCACUUUUUUUUUUUUUAUAUCAGUCAGCGACUCCCGCUCUCGAUAUUCUACCGCUGAGCGGGAUGGAUCCUCCUCGCUCCCGUCUUUCUUCCUCUCUGUUCUUUUUGUAGCGCGCGCAAUAUCGAAUCUCGUUCAGAGUCUCCUCUUGAUACCGCCCAGCUGCAACCGGCUCUACCUACGGUGACGCACCGAUGCCCGGGGUCCGUCGGGCCUGAGAGCUGGACAGAAGGGAGUACGGAGGGGCGCCUUGGGGCGCCUUGGGGCGCCGCCGAUCCUCGUCGUCGAGCCCGGCGUCGAGAUUGCCGUCGAUGGGGCCCUCUUGAUGCCGAAUAGUGCUGCGGCGUGCGUCGCCCGACGACGAACAACGGCGAUCUGCCAAUCCCGUCGAAGCGGUCCUGCGUCCUCCACCUCACGUGGCCGCACCAUUACCUGAUAAGAGCUGGAGAAGCGGCCGCAGCCGCAGCCGCCUCAGAGCUCCGAGGAGCUGGAGGAUUUGCACAAGCUGCUACACUUCCCCGAGGAGGUGGCGAUCAGGUUGUCCGAGUGCGAGUACCAGUUGUUCUAUCAGGUGCCACCGAGCGAGUACCUGCGUCACGUAGCGCAGGACAUAUCAGCGUCCCGCAAGACCCCGAGGCCACCGCCGUCGCCGGGUUGCAACCCAAGCACAGCCAACAGUGCCACGCAGACCGAGGGGGGGGAGUGGGGGGGACUGGCACCCGUCUUCUCGUCUGUGCAGACCCUCAUCAACCGCUUUAAUGAGGUGAGCUCAUGGGUAACGAACGCUGUAACGAAUGGCGUCACCGUCGAAGAAAGACAGGCGGUACUGUCGUGCCUACUUCGGGUCGCCCAGACUUGCUGGAACACGGGAAACUUUAACUCGGCGAUGGAAAUCAUAGCGGGUCUCAAAUCCAACAAGUUGAAACCGUUCUGGCAGAGCGUUAACGAACCGCUACCGAUAUUGGAAGAUCUGUCCACGGCUCUGCUCUCUUCCAAAUAUGAACAAGCCUUGGCGAGAGCGUUGGCUAUGCCGGAGUGUCCGGUGGUGCCGUUUUUCGGGGCGUUUCUUCGAGAGCUGCGGGAAGCUCUGUCCGCUGAAACGAAGUACUCCGCAGCCGAUACCAAAGAGGAGAGUUCGCACGUCGGCGGUAACGAGGGUGAACCCCUUGAACAUGUGCCUUCAUCCUCGCCUGGCGCGAGGAUCACCGUGGAGAGUAAUGCGGAGGCACCCUCCGGCUGGAGUUCGUCGAACGCGUCGCCGAAAUUCCGUCUCGACAACGCGGUGGACGACACCCAGGCGGUACUCGACAAGGUCGCGCUUUUCCACCAGCACCAUCACGCCAGGGGUAAGGACGCGACCACCAGUUCGCUUCACCGGACACUGAGCAUCCACACGACCGCUCUCGAGCAGGCUUACAUGACGGAGGAAUGCGACGAGAACGAUUAUCACCUAGAUCUUGACACCUACCUGCCCGUCCAACCCCUGGCCAACGAUCACGGCGUCGCCCUCUUCCCGGUCGGCGCUCCCCACGCGGGGAUGAACCACCACGUCCUCCAGGUCCUCCACCACGGGACCACCCUCGUCCACUGGGACUGCGACGGAGGAACGUCCAGGACGGCGUUGGUCUACGCUAGGAUAGACAGAUCCUGCGGUACUUUCACCUGGGAGAAGCCGGCCUGGAGUCCGCUGAAAACGGCCUCACUCGGCGCGACCGUGACGGAGUUCUCCCUGUUCGCGAAUCCCGAGGAAACGUUGCCGGCCGGACUCACCACCAAGUACGCCGCCAGACUCCCCGACUGCGCGGCCGUCACCCUCGAGGACGGCUACCUCGACCUGAGCUCCGUCAAGGAAAUAAUGAUAGGCUGCUGCGACAGGGACAGGGACGCCGAUCUCAGGGCGAUCUGCAAAAGGUACGGACUUCCUGGAUCCGAUUCCUGCAUCGGACUCAUGUACGGCACCAGCCUCUCCGACAACCGACUGAUCUUUCUACUCUGCCCACCGGCUCUGAACAAAAUUUGGUACAUGGGACUCUGCUGGAUACUCCGCGGUCUGAAACGGCAGCAACAAUUGACCGACAGGAGAUCCCGUUGGCUGAAGGAGAAAUUUCUUCAGCUGUACUUCGAGGAGCCCGGAAUAAUGCCGAUUACCGCCGACGCGAUAAGAAUUUUCGGCGGACGCGACUGGGCGACUACCGACAGCAUCGGUACUCUUUCGCCGACCGGAAGCGGAACGAUGCGACGUAGGAACGUGAAGGGAAAGAAGACGAAGUCGAUCAGCAACAUACACGCGCUAACCAAGGAGCUGAGUUUCAAGCAGUACGACUCCUCGUCGUCCGACGGCGGUCUGACCACGGCGCCGCUGCGUCACAUCGCCGGUAGCAGGGAGUCCCUGACAAGGAUAAUUCCCGUCUCCCCGAGAUCGAGUAGGGAGAGAAUGCCUCCUCGAAGUCCCCCGGGAUCGGCGGAGAGAAUCGUCACCUCGAAUCUCCCCUAUUCGAGCUUGCAAAGUCUUUUGUGUGUUGCCAGAGACAAGGAGCGCAACGGAUCGAGCGGAUUAACCGGAGUGUCGGAAGCCCCGUGUCACGUUAAAGCGAGGGCGAAUUCCAUAAUGUACGAAACGCAGCUGAACUUCGUUGAAUUCGUCGCUUUGUUUCGAUCGUUCAGUCUCCGCGCACGCAAAGACCUUCGCGAUCUGUUUGGACAGCUGGCGAUCACCAGGCGAAGUCAGAGCGACGGAUCUCUACGGGAUUUCAACGCUCGCCCAUCCGUUCUGAGACAGACGAGCGAUUCGACUCCGCAACGAAUAGGUCUGUUGACGCGAAAUAAUUCCAUAGAUUGUCACGAGUACAAGACCAGCAGUAAUUUGCACAAGAAACAAAUAUUCGACGCCGUCGCGGCGGCCAGUAUCGUAAACAAUUGUUCCGGCGUCGAUACCUCCAAGUCGCAAGUAAUCACCCUCACGACCUUCACCAAGUUUCUGGAGUCGAGGCAACAGGAAAAAUUAACCGACGACGAAAUCAAAGCGUUGGUAAAGAGACACGAACCUGAUCCCGCGUUACGGACCCAAAUGUGUUUAUCCUUUGAGGGAUUCGCGCGGUACAUGAUGGACAAGGACAACUACGCUUUUGCCAACGAAUACGCCGCCCCCGUCGAGACCGAAAUGCAACAACCUUUGUCUCAGUAUUACAUCGCCAGUUCGCACAAUACCUACCUCACGGGUCACCAGCUCAAGGGCGAGUCUUCCGUACAGCUUUACUCCCAGGUCCUGCUGACCGGAUGCCGGUGCGUGGAACUCGACUGCUGGGACGGCGACGACGGUUCUCCGUUAAUUUACCACGGGCACACAUUCACCACGAAAAUCCCCUUUCGGCUGGUGGUAGAGGCGAUCGACAGAAGUGCCUUCGUCAGCUCUCCCUAUCCCGUCAUUCUCUCCUUGGAGAAUCAUUGUUCCCAGAGUCAACAGGCUCGAAUGGCUCAAAUCUUCCAGUCGGUGUUCGGUGAAAAACUAGUGACAAAAUUUCUCUACGAUUCGGACUUCGGAGAAGAUCCUCAACUGCCGUCGCCCUCUCAACUCCGAUACAGAAUCUUGAUAAAAAAUAAAAAAUUAGUCGUCGAUCCCGGCGGACCUCUGGCUCACGCGCCCCUAGGACAUCGCGGAAAAAUGCUCAUGUCCGACAGAGCAUCUUCCAUGAAACAAAUGCGAACUGACGCCAACGUUACUUCCAUUGUUGAAUACUUUAGCGAGGAUGAAGACGACGAGGACGACGAGGACGACGACUACAACGCCGACGAUAACUCGGUUUCGAGUUACGACAAGUACCUGGGAAGCAGUCACGUUCACCACGCCCGUCUAAAGUCGGACACCGCGGUCGACGACAAGUCCCAGAAACAGAGCAGCCAAAUAGCCAAGGAGCUUUCCGAUCUGGUCGUCUAUCUGCAGGCGAUUAAAUUCCGAGGGCUGAACACCACGCCGGGCGCGGGUCUCACUCAGACGAGGGUCCGUCACACGGGUCAAACCGGUCCGAUACAGCGUCACAGCAUAGCGGGAAUCGGCACCGGGGGCAUAGCCGCUUCUUCCGGAUCACCCCAGUCUCUGUCGACCUCGACGUCUCUAGCCAGCGGAGGCAACAACAUCGAGAACCUAUUCAGGUCGACGCGCGGUGUUCCCGCUUGCUUCCAGUGUUCGUCGUUGAACGAAAGCGCGGCGAAAAAAAUCUGUCGCAAACAGCCGCUCGGAGUCGUGGCUCACGCGGAGACUCAACUGAUCCGAACUUAUCCGGCCGGCAUGCGAAUAGACUCUUCGAAUUUCAAUCCGGUGAUAUUUUGGGCCUUCGGUAUCCAGAUGGUGGCCCUGAAUUACCAAACGGACGACGCCGCGCUGCAUCUGAACGCGACGAUGUUCGAACAGAACGGCCAGUGCGGAUACGUGAGGAAGCCUUCGGUCAUGUGGGACAAGAGUCACAUGAUGUACAGGAGAUUCAACCCCUGGGACAAGGAAUUCGACGGUCUCCACUCCGCGCAUUUGACGCUCUCGGUAGUUUCCGGACAGUACGUUUCGCCGACGAAUCUGUUGUCGAGCACCUACGUGGAGGUGGAACUCGUGGGUAUCCCGAUAGACUGCGCCAAACACAAGACUAAGGUAGUGCAGAACAACGCGCUCAAUCCAAUUUGGAACGAGAAGUUUUGCUACCAAGUUAUGUUCAAGGACUUGGCAUUCCUGAGGUUCAGCAUCGUCGAGGCGAGCUCCCACCAUCUGAUCGCCCAACGGGUUUUACCCCUCAAGUGCCUCAGGCCGGGAUACAGACACGUCAGACUUCGCUCCUGUAAAAACAAAGCCUUGGCCCUGUCGACGCUAUUCAUCUACUCGCGGCUGGAAGAGGAGAGUCUCGACUACGACGACACCUGCUGCCGGGAGCACAAGGAGCCGAAACGGGGACCCUCGACUUCGGGAAAGGAGACGGAGAAGCUCGUCAGCGUCGAUCCGGUACUCGGAGGGGUCACCUUGAAACGGCGAAUGUUCUUCCUGAUGGUCUACCACGUCGUCCCCGACGAACCCUACACCAUACUGAAGGUGACGCAGGAGAGUACGACGCACGAAGUGAUGCUCCAGGCCCUCCAGAAGGCCGCUAUAUCCGCGGAGCACGUCGACGAGUACAUUUUGGUCGAGGAAGUCUCGAGGGGAUGGGAGAAACGGGAACGCGAAGAACUGCCUACCCAGCGGGUCCUCGAUCCCUCGGAACACCCGCUGCAAGCCCAAGGCCUCUGGAAGGGGCAGGGUCGGUUCUUGCUUAAACGCGUCGGCGACGAUCCCAGCAGCAGAGCGUGGCUCGCCUCGAUCAGAAGUACCGCAGGUCACUCGAGGCUCAACGACGCUUCGCCCAGGGAUAAAUCGACGCACAUAUGGGACGAGGCGGACACCUUUCUCGUCUGUAUUUACAACGUGUCACCGGAGAUACCGUACGCUAUAUUGAGGGUGCCGAUCAGCAGCUCGGCCCAGGACGUCCUCGCCCAGGCCCUGGUUAAAGCCAGACGUAUGGAAGACCCCGUGAAAUUCGCCCUGGUCGAGGAACUCGAAUGGGGUGGCGUGGGCGCCGUUGGCAGCGGUAAUCGUCAGCAGCGAGUCCUGAGGGACGAGGAGAACGUGUACAGCACCCAAGCGCUGUGGAAGACCCUGGGAAGGUUCAUCCUUAGGGAACGGGAACAGGUAUUGCCGAGGCGUCAUUUGUUGCCGGCGACGCUCGACAGAUUGAGCAAAGGAUUUUCGGUGGGUCGGUCGGUUUCGCUGCCCGGUUCCAACAAGGAAAAGGUACCGGUAGCCGAGGCCUUGUCGGACCCGACUUCCAGGGGUUUCCGUCACAGACUUCUCCUACCCGGACGAAGAAGGGAGGUCCAUUCGGACGGCGAAGAGUCUCGCGAGUCCGAUAUUCUCAACGCCGCGUUGCACCUGAAGAAGGUUUCGCUGAGAAAGUUUCGCGUUUGGAAAUCCUAGCUAACAAAUUACACGAGGAAUUUAUUCCUCGAUAAUCCGUGAUGGAAAUUUUAGAAAUAACAGAUUUGCGAAGAUCUGCUGCUGCGUACGUGAGCGGGUGGACGGGGACUUAGGGUGAUAUCUGCGUGAUGAGAACCGCGAUAGACGUCUCCCCAAAUUACCUGCGUAACGAGAAAGAACACAAAUCGCGCAUGCAUCGGACAGACAUUUUUCUAUUCAAAUAUACUGCGACAGUGGCUUAAAUGGAUGUACGUAUUCUGAGCGUAUCGAGUCCGGAAUACAAGCAAUAAAUGUCCUACAAUUUUUCCUCACCCCGCUGGCGACGGACUUGAAAUUCCUAUACGAAAAAAAAAAAAAAAAAAACACAGUUAAUAAAUACACGAAUAAAUAAUAAAAAAAAAAAAAAAAAAAGGAACCCGAGAUAUCACAAUUCGUAACAAUAACAGCUGGUUUCCCAUAAAAGAUAAUACAAAGGAACAAUAAGAAAAGAAAAUAUGUACCAAACCGAAUCAAGGUUACGUUUCUCAUUUGCAUGUAAUAAUAAUAAUAUUAAUAAUAAUAAUAAUAGAGUAGAAAAAUUAUUAGUGAUAUUACUGUACGGUAAAUCGAUAAUAAUUAUUAUCGGACAAGGUACAGAGAUGACAUAAAUAAAUAUGAUACACGACUACAACUUAAGAUUGUGGCUGGAAAAAAUGAUUCAUGGCGUUCAAUUUCCUAAUCAGGAAAUCGUUCACGUCAUAGUUGAGAUUAUAUACCGUUGAUUGAAUUCACUUAAAGUUAUAUUUGGCCCGAGCGUUGACCAGAUUGAUUCGAGUUUACACAAAAAAAAAAAAAGUCCUUUAUCAAUGGCGUGAAGACGUUCAAUCAUUUUGAAUUUGAAAGAUAAUUAAAUAAAUAAAAAAAAAAAAAAAAAAGGUACACCUAACAAUAUAAAACUAAGAUAU